AUGGAAAUUUCUUUCCCAAAAGUUAUUAACGAAGUUAUUGAAAACAUUAUCCUGUCUACUGACAAUAAUAACCAAAGACUUUUCAACACUGGAAAAGAUAAUACAACUAAUACUUUCAAUAUGAAAAUAGAUAACAUAGCUUUCUCGACUUCUAACUUUACAGAAAAAAACAAUUUCUCUUAUGCUGAUGCUAUUAAAUCCAAGCUAAAUAUUAAUAAUACAUCAUCACCUCUCAAAGGAAACAUCAACAGAAACUCCAAUAAUUCUUCUAAUACAGUUAAUGCUAUCCAAUCUUUAAUAGUCAGAAUAGAUGACAUUAACAACAAACUUGUACUUCUUUCAGAUGAAAUUAUUUUUAUUAAAAAUGAAAUCCUUCAACAACAUCAUAAUCAAGGUGAUAUUGACUACCAUCUUUCUAAACUUGAGAUAUUUACUCAGAUUCUUGAUGACGAUGAUAAAGAACUAUUAAUGAACAUAGAUAAACCUAAAGAUACUGUCCAAGACACUAAUAUUGACAAUAUUGGAACACUACAAAAAGAUGAAAUUGCUAUUCUACGUAUCACACAGAUUGAACAUGAACUUAAAAAUCUCAGAUCUGAACUUAAAUCAAUCUUAUUAGCAUUACGCCAAGCUUUACUUACGAUUAACUUAUCCUAA